AGCACAGUGACAAUACUUCGCUUUGUGGCAUCAUAAACCGCGGCAAAAAGACACACAGCGUCGGUAACAGAUACCGCAGACUAAGCUGUUGUAGUUAGAAGUUUAUUGUUCACCGGUCACUCAAAACCAGCAAGUGGUCUACAUCAGGCUCGUAAGAUGUCCGUCGAUAAUAACGAAGUGGACAGUGGGCAGCGGAGUGAGAAGACAGCACAGCUGGACAUUCAAUAUUCAGACUUGAUAGACGGCAAGCGCACGAAGGAUGUUGACGAGGAGGAUGAGGAGGAACGCUCCUGUGCCGUCUGUCAUGACAGGGCCACGGGACUGCACUAUGGCGUCAUGUCGUGUGAGGGAUGCAAAGGAUUUUUUAUGCGUUCCGUGCUCCAUCGGGCUGUGUAUAAGUGUAGGAAUCACGAAGGGUGCAUCAUGAGCAAGCGCACCAGAAACAGGUGCCAGUACUGCCGUCUGCUUCAAUGUCUUAAAGUCGGAAUGAACGUCAAAGCCAUCCGAGAAGACCGGAUGCCAGGAGGUAGGACAAGACACACAGGGGCAGUGAAGUAUUCUGCAGAAUGUAUAUCUCGCAUCUUAAAGGGUGACUACUCUGAUCCCGGUGAUAGCGGCAUAUUUGCGCCCAGUGGGUACUUUCCCUUGUCACCUCACGUUAUAGAGCCGCACCUUUCAAGGUUCCCCAGGAUUGGCCCAUCAUCAGUGUUUUGCUCUGGGAUUCCCCGUCAUUGUAUACCGUGCACGCCACCAGCCCUAUGGAAUCACCCCGGUCUAUGGACAUACAGUCGCCCCUGGCUUGACCCCAUGCACCCCGGACAGAUACCCGACAUCAGUCGCUUCAGUGCCGCUGGCCAACCAUGGUCGCUGCUGGCGCCCUCUUCACUUGGGGAAACGCAUCUCCCACCUUAUGGACAUAGAGUGUUGCUGGAUGCAGAAAAGGCAACGCUGGCUGCAAUGGAAUUUGAAAAGAGACGUUUAACAGAUGCCAGGGAUAGGUGCAGGAACCUUCACAUGCUCUCCGAGUUAUCUCGGCAGCGUGACAGCCACCUGAAGGAUGCAGUGACGAUUAAAAAAGAACCCGAGUGCGUUCAAGAUUCACAGUGUGGCGUUUCCAACGUAGAUGAUGAACAAGAACAUAAACAGACUGUGUUGAGGUUUUCAGAGAUCAUAGUUUCAUUGUGUAACGUUCACUCGGAGUGGAUAAAACGACAGCCCAUUCUUGACAAACUGACCUCAGAGGAGGUAGCCAUUUUGACAACCAAGUCUUUCUUUUCUGUGACAAUAAUAACGGCGCUGAUCUCUGGCGAAAAAUAUUUCCUUUCCCGACUGGCUCAGCUGUUGCAAACCUAUGUUAUUCCAACGAGAUACCAGACCCAGGAGUCCAGAAUGUUUUGCAAAAAACUGCUGACUCUCUGCAAACAUCUACUGGAUUUGAGGCUUUCCUCUGAAGAAUGGGCGGUCCUGAAGAGCUUUUGCUUCUUAAGACAAAACAUCCUUAUAUCGCAUCACCUGACGGAGACCGAGCGUUUAGCCAAUCAUUUUACCCAAGUCCUUCACUACCUGUCCAGUUCGGUCACUCUUCAGCCGGCCACACGUGUACAAGCCAUGCUGGACGUCCUCGAGCCACUGAAGGUGGUCGGAGAAAACCUCAGUGAAUAUCCUCUGGAACAACUGCCGUCGAUCUUCAAACAACUUCUGUUACAUCCGGUAGAGGAUGCCAAAUGAGGCGAUGAAGUAUUGGGAUGUUGCCAGGUCAUUCAGUUAAAAACAUCCAACCUGCGUCACAUGGCAGGAGAACGAGCUCUAUGUUUAUAUAUGCGAGACUCCAAUAAAUGAAAGGGUAUGAGAUCCCACGGAUUGUAUAUACAUGACGUAAUAGCACGUCUCCAAACGACCGCUCUAUACUAAAAUAACAAUUAAGGACACUUUGAAAUGACUGGAAUGACCAUUUGUUGGCAUUUAUAUGAUUCUGUAAGUGACGACACCUCUCGCAAACUUUGAUAUCAGUUUGGCAGUUAACGCACGUGUGAAAUGGCUACCCUUUGAUGUCACAGGAGUCUCUAAAAUAUAGUAUAAAAUUAAAAGUAUAGUACAAUAAGUACAAGCUUUUUGUUACAAACUACUUGCUGGCCCUGUAGUCAGACAGUCAUUUAGUGGCUCGGUGUUUUUAAUCUACUUUGUUGCGAACGUUAGCAUCCGAGACCUCCUUUAGAAUAACACCAUUUUAUUUGUUGGGUGUCUGAAAAAGUUUGACAGGUGAACCCAUGAUAAAUGAAACCAAGUAAAAAUGUAAAGAUGGUAUUUAAGAAAUACUUUGUUAUUGUCGUAAAACCAUUGAUAUUCUUAAAUCAAGAUCCCCGAAAAAACAUGUAUGUAUGUAUGUACGUAUGUAAAUAAUUGUAAUGAAUUAUAAUAAUAACAAUUAUAACAAUAAAUUACAAACCCUAGUAUAGUAAGUAAAUGGAAAAAAUAAAGGUAUGUGUUAGUGUAAUGCACAAUGCCCGUGCAGUUGUAUUUCGGGGGUUGGGCUGGUUUCGGGUGUUGAGAGGCAAU